GUAAGGCACAUUCACGAAGCAGCACAAACCAGCAUCCGUUUAUCUGUGUACUAAUUUUUCUACCAUCACAAUAAGUGCGGCUACUAAGGCGAACUGUUCUGUGUCUCUUGCACAAAGUGUGUUAAACUUAGCGAAAAUAGUUUUUUUUUGGUUUGAACUGCGUAAACUGCCACUAAACUAGUUUCGAAUAUUCAAAUUGUAUUCCAUCGGUGAAUAAGUUUCGCUUAGAAAAAUAAAUAAAUUCAAAACGGAAAACCAGCUAAUAUCCUGAUAGAAUGGCUGUUAUGCAAUCAAUUGUGUUUGCCAGUGCUGUGAUACUUGUAUUACUCGUUAAUGAAGGUUCAGCGAUCCGCUGUUACGAAUGUAAUAGUUUCAACGACACCAGAUGCGCAAACGACAUUCCACCGACCGAAAUGUCCGUUACAUGUGGUAUAGGAAAGGAUGGAGGAGCUCCAACCACUUGCCGAAAGAUCGUCCAACAAAUUGAAUUCUCUGUCAACGGAUUACAGCCGGAUGUUCGCAUCAUCCGAACUUGCGCCCAUGACAACUCCGAUACGAAAGUAAAAUGCUAUAAACGGGCUGGAUUCGGUGGUAGACAAGUUGUCUGCGGAUGCGAAGGCGACAAUUGCAACGGUUCAAUGUCACUAAAAGCCAUUACAUUCGGACCGAUUGCUAUCAUCGCCAUUUUGGCAUAUCUAUUUCAUCUGUGAUGAUGCUAAACCCAUCGCUUUAAUUUAAACACAAAAUUUUUUCAACAAAAAAAAAAUAUUUUCUUUUUUAAAUGUAUCAUAUACAUUGAAGUAUGGAAUGUAGAAGAGCAAUGAUGGAAAGACGAAAGAAUUAUAAUUUAAACAAAUUUUAAAGAAAAUAAAUUGCGAACCGAUAAGUUGAUGUUGCCAAUGCAAUGCUUUAGUAAGUACUUAGAGUAGAACUAAUUAAAAAUCAUAUCUCACACAACAUUCCGAAUAAACCAAUAUCAUCUAUUGAACGUUCUAAACAA